UGUGAAGCUUUUCCAGAUUAUUCCCAAUUCGCUUACAACCAUACUAAACAUUCAUUUAAAAAGUAGUGGCGUGGAUAGACGACAGCUAUUUUGACAUAAAUCAGCUUAUUAUUUAGUACAGUACGUAGCAGUCUGUGUGAUUUGGGACGUAGCUCAGUCUGGAUGUAGACACUGGAUUAAGCUCCGUCCCUGCUCUUUCACACGUCAGCAUAAUUUCCCACAGCGGUGUGGGGAGCGAACCUCGAGCUUUUGUGUCUUUUCUCUCGUUACGCGUCUCUCCUCAGAGGCGUCCCGGUGAGCGCGUGGCUGCUGUACUACGCUGUGAGGAAGGCGCGUGCCGCGGUCAGAUUCCUGCGCUACCGUAAGCAUCCUAUGGUCUUCUGGACAAAAUGGCGGAACCGAGCACGGAAAAGGACGCGAUAACAACUGAGGAUGAUCAUCUUAACAAUUCAUUAGGAGACAGUGGUUUGAUCUCCCCUGACAAAGAGAAUAUCUCACGAAUCCUGACAGUGCCGUUCAAAGGCCGGAUCAGAGGAGGUAUGAGGCCUGGGAAGAAAAUCAUAGUCAUGGGCAUCGUGGAUGCAGAGCCAGAAAGCUUUGAUGUUAGUCUGACCUGUAGCUGCAACACAGAGAAGGAUGAGGAGGAGGUUACAGAUGUGGCCCUGAAACUUAGUGCCCGAUUCCAUCAACGGCAGUUCUUGCGGAAUGCAAGGAUUUCUGGGAAAUGGAGUGAAGAGGAGGGAACCAUUCCAUAUUUCCCCUUCAUCCAGGACCAGCCAUUCAGGAUUGAAAUCCAUUGUGAACACCAGCGUUUUAGGAUCUUUGUCGAUGGGCAUCAGCUGUUUGACUUUUAUCACAAAGUAAAGGCUUUGCUGACCAUUGAUAUGAUAAGGAUAGACGGAAGUCUGCAGAUCACCAAGCUAGGUUAAUCGAGCACAGUGGUGCACGUUCCAGAGUGGACUUCUGACAGGUGUCCAAACAUACCUUUGUCUGGUAAUAUUUUUGAAGGCCUGAGAGUUUCUGCUUCAUCAAACACAUCAUGACUACCUACAUUCCUUCACUGUACUUUUUCUUCCUGUAUCCCAUUUUCUGUCUGCACAUUUUUGUAGGUUGAUAUGUAAUUUGACUCCUAUAAAAGGAAGGUGUGUGUGUGUGUGUGUGUGUUUGUUUGUGUGUGUGUGUAUAACUACUUUUUAUUGCAACAAUUAAUUUUUCUGGGAUAAAUAUCCUGCACUGACUUUAUGCCAAAUGUAGUACAUUGUGGAAUAGGUGUUUUAAUACUAUCAUUGGAAAUGAUGGCAGAACUUAUUGGUUUACAACAAGCCACUGCAAAUUUUAAUGAACAGCCAAUGACCAUUUAACUGAAAAUCCUAGGACAGGUAUUUGGUUAAAUAGCUAUUUCACAUUUAGUUAUGUUUUGUACAUUUAAAAAAAUCACCUGCUGUUUACAACCUCUCAUUUGAGCUUAGUGAUAAUAAUAAUAAUGAUAAUAAUAAUGAUUGUAUUUGAAUUAAUUAAGAAUGUAACAUCCAUGCUGAUAACUUGGCUGAUAAGGAGAAAAUGGAGAAAAAGAUAUAUAUGUAGCAGGCUCUAUCACAUUCAUUAAACCCUCAUGUUCAUUCAUUCAUUCAUUCAUUCAUUCAUUCAUCUUCUACCGCUUAUCCGAACUACCUCGGGUCACGGCGAGCCUGUGCCUCUCAGGCGUCAUUGGGCAUCAAGGCAGGAUACACCCUGGACGGAGUGCCAACCCAUCGCAGGGCACACACACACACUCAUUCACUCACGCAAUCACACACUAGGGACAAUUUUUCCAAAGAUGCCAAUCAACCUACCAUGCAUGUCUUUGGACCUGAGGAGGCAACCGGAGUACCCGGAGGAAACCCCCGAGGCACGGGGAAAACAUGCAAACUCCACACACACAAGGUGGAGGCGGGAAUCGAACCCCCAACCCUGGAGAUGUGAGGCGAACGUGCUAACCACUAAGCCACCGUGCCCCCCAAACCCUCAUGUUAUUCCUUACAAAGCAAAUUUCUGUGUCCUAUAUUUCUGUCAUAUAUUCAAGAAGUCUUUGUAAUUUCCUGCCUCUCAUUAGAACAUUUAGUACAAUGUUGUUUUUUCCCCAGAUGGAAGGGCAUAUGUUCGCACAGCUGUGCACUUAUUACCCCACGCCUGCUUACAUAUAGUUGUAACAUGACAAUUAUGGUGAUUAUUACCACCAUUUGUGAGUUGUUAAUUAUAUCCCAUAACAAGAGCACUCUCUGAAUCUAAUUUCUUGCUAUGCAGAGGUGCUUAUGGACAUUAUUUGUGUCUCUUUCCAGGUCUGUGUGAGUAUAAAGGGUGAUAUCGUCAGUAUACUUUCUGUAAUGUUAUUUUACUUAAGUAUUUCAUUAUAUAUUUUGACUAAGCUUUGCCAUUAUUUAAGUGGCUACAGGAAUGUGAAAUUAAAUAACUUGAGUACAAGAUAAAAUAAUUGAACUCGUUAAGCUCUGGUGAGCCUUUCUUCACAUUCUUGAACUCGACUGACACUCUAAACUAAAUGAAUUUCAACAGCAGUUAACAGAAAAAGCACCAGGCCUGAGAUCUCAAAAAGCCAGAGAACAUUAUAAAGCUAUGAUUUAGCUGUGCUAAUACUGAUUAUUUGCUUUAUUUGGAGGUUUUACCCUGCAGGUGUUAAGACUUCUACAUAUUAAAUCAAACAUGCUGUUUUAAAAAAGUAAUGUAGCAUUUGAUGAAUUGGUGCUCUGCAAAAUAUUGUCUUUAAUGUGUCCAAAACAAAAUCAUAGCUACCGGUCACUUAGCAAUAUGAGAAUACUGCCAUUGUUCAGGCCACACUUUUGAUUCACUUUUUUUUACUAGACAUUUAAAUAUAGCUCUUCCAGAAGAAAAUACUAGAUAAAACUGUAAUGCUGAAGAUGGACACGUCUCCUUCAUUUGGAAACUUUCUCUUUUACAGUAUAGUAAUGGUUUCUGUUGUUGCACAUUGUUUUCUGGGCUGUCUUUAAAGAUGUCUGUAGCCAGACACCAAGACAUUCUUUCCUCCGAAAGUAAGGAAAAAUGUUAGAUGUUGAUGGCUUAGAGAAGACAUUUAUACAUAGUUACAUUUAAGUAAUAAAUUUGAUUACAUUUUUUAUUUAUUUAUUAGUUCAAUGCAGGGGAUUCCAUCAUAGAUAAAAUAUCUAAAACAUAUGUGGAACUGAUUGUCAGGAAAGUUUUUUAAUAAUCAAUAGAAUAUCACAAAAAGCCAACACAAUACGCCUAAAUGUAUUUUGGCUGUUCUAGUCGUUUAUGUUGUGAGUUUCCAUCUGGUGCUGUUUAUUUUGCUGCUUGAACAACUCCUAGAGCAAUGGAGAGGGAGCAAUCUGACAUGAAAAUAUUACUAUAACCUAAAGAAUAACCCAGAUAUAAAAGCAUUUACUGUACAGUCACUGUAGCUGGAACUCUUUUCCCCAUUCAUCAACAUUUGGGUCUAAUGCUAAAUGUCAGGCUCCUUAUGAUCCUGAUUAGUCUCUAGGGCCUACAGAUGGAUAUAAUUUGUGCUUAAUGUUACAUUACUUUUCAAAUGUAAUGUAAGAACUCUUUGACCAGAUUCAGACGGAUUGAAUUAGAUGAUACUGUUACAGGCUGUACACUAAUCUGUUUACAAUAUUGGAUGUAUAUUGUUGUGAUCAGGGUUUAUUUACUAUGUAAUGUCAUUAAAAGAGGGCUUGUGUGUGAGAUAUUUAAUCCAACUGUUUCUAGAUUAUGCCAUUAUACAUUUUAUACCAUAGAUUUCUUAAACGUUGAAUAACAUAUGCAUAACAUAUCUAAUCUGAGAAUGUGUAGUUUGGCAUUUCACUAGUGUGAUACAGAAUCUAAUGUAUCAGUUGUUUGAUUUGGGGAUUAUUUCAUAUGUAUAUGUGCAGUGGCCUAUUACAUCAAUUGCUAGCUUGUGGGAUCAGUCAUCUUUUUGGGGUUGUAUAAUCAACUGAACAAUUGUGUAUACACUGGCUCACUGGCUUUUUGUUUCUGUAUUUGCAUUUUUAUUUAAAGAUGUGCCUAUGGAAUUAUGACUUUGGAAUUUGGAAUCAAACUUUUUACCAAAAUCUUUCACUGAUUGACUUCUUUAGCACUUUCUAAAAUGUGCUUAAAAUGUGUGAGUGAUUACUCUGAAAUUCUGUAAUGUAUAAGCAUUUUUAUAAUGUAUGAGCUGUUCUAGAAUAUCAAAUAAAACCCACAACAAACACCUGACUAAGCAAUACAUUUGACUACAAAAUAAAAGUUUCAAUGCCUAAAAUAGUGCU